AUGGCCUUCCCCUACAUCGACACACCACGCACCGAAUACGACGGCAACGCGACUUAUCUCACAACCGGAUUUCGCAGCGCCGGGCGACAUCAUUUGUCUGCACUCGAUUCUCUUGAAAAUUCAUUUCAAACACCGUCCAAGGACAAUGAUGUGAUCAAGGGUUUUGACAAACGCGUCACUCCGCGCGCCGGUGCUGCUUCCAAGUCAACAAGAAGCGCGUUACGACAUCUUCCAGCAGCAGCUCCCGCGAAGGGAGAGUUUACUCCGUUAAUGAAGAGCGCGACAAAGAACAAUCUUUUGAAGAAUAUGUCUGCGGCGAGAGGAACAGACGGCCCGAAAACCCCGGGAUAUCAGCGAGAGACCUAUCGCAGCAACGCCCACACGCCCGGCUUGCCUGCUAUGGACAUGUCUGAUAUAUACGAGGAGGAUCGGACGAUGGAAGAGGCAACUCCAGUUCCACAUGCUGCAAGCAGUAGUGCACAAAGUACACCAUUGCCUGGGUAUUCAGGACGCAACGGAGGAGCCCUUGGUGAUGGAGGGAAUAAUUUGUCGCUCAAGGACCAAGCCAUGGCCAUUGAUCAACUGAGCAAAGUCAAUUUCAGUUUGAAGCUAAGGAUUCACUUCAUGGAAGAACAACUGCAAAAGGCUGGCCCGGAAUACAAUAAUGACGCUCUCAAAGAAAACAGGGAGCUCAAGGUUUUGCGACUAACGAUGCAACGCGAUAUUUCCCGAUACCGAAAGAGCCUCCAGCAGGCAGAGAAAGAUCUCGAGGACUACCAGCUACAGCUGGCAGAAUUAAAAGAGAAAUCAUGGAGGGAGCAAGCGGACCAGACGGUACAGCGGGAAAUGGAUAUGAUGCGCGAAGAGCUUGAAUCGCGUGACGUCGAACUCCGAGAAGCGCGCGAUGAAUUGAGGCACAUCAAAGAUACCCACUCGCAAGAGACUGACAAACUUCGUGACGACAUUGAGGAUUUAGAAGCAAGCUCUAGAGAAAAAGAUCGCCUACUUGAGGAACGCGAAGAAGAGCUUGAAGAUCUGAAACGUAAUGCCGAGGAGAAUGGCGCAGCUUCAGAGCUCCAGCUGGAGCUGGAGCGUGCGAAGGAGCAGAUGCAAGAGCUCCAGGACAGUCUUUCUCAGGCCAAGACUGAGACCCGAGAGUCGGCUGAUGCCGCUAGGCAGGCGAUUGAAGAGAAGGAUCGUGCCGAGGAGGACUUGAGGGAAUUGCAGGAUGAAAUGUCGAACAAAUCCUUCACCACCAAAGGACUCAGCCGGCAAAUGGAGGACAGGGCCGAAAAGCUCGAAGAAGAGAUACGUGACCUGCAACGAGAGAACGAUGCGCUGAGGACAGGAUUGGAGAGUAAAACCAACCAUGCGACACUCCUCGAAGAGCGUUAUCAAACUAUUCAACAUGGCCUAGAAGAUAAUGCCCACCACCUGGCUGAGGACCUUGCUGCAGCCAGGCGUGAUCGCGAUCAAGCUCGACAGGACCUGAAAGCUACUUCUGCCCGACUGCAGGAGGCCUUGGACGAACUCCAGCGUGGAACGGACGAAAAAGGAACUUCUUCAAACUCGCCAUCAAGCGCUGACCGAAUCCGCGAACUUCAAAAAGCGGUUCAAGACGCCACAUCUCGCGCUCAGGACGAAGGGCACAACAUUCGCUGGCAACACAAGGCGGAAGUUGAACGGCUGCAAGAGGAGAUCGAAAACCUUCACCACGAGAUUGAGGAGAAGGAAGGCCGAUUUGCAGUCGAUCAAAGUCGUUGGGAAAGCAGCAAGCGGACUCUACAAUCAGAGAAAGCAUGGGCAGAAGGCCAAGCGGCAGACUUGAAGCGCACUAUCGAAGCGCUUCAGGAAGCUGGUAGCACAUACUCUGGGAAGGAGUCUAGGCUACAAGAGGUCAUUGAUAGCGAGAAGAAGCGCUACACGCAAGAAAAGUCUAUGCUGGAUCGCCAAAUCCAAGAUCUCAAAGACGACCUCGAUAAGACCAGGCGCGACCUUGACGAAAGACGGGACGAGCUUCUUGCGGCGAAGCAAGAUGCUCGGGUAUCUAGACGCGAAGAGCAAGCACUUGCAGACAAGGUGCGAGCUCUGGAAGACGAGGUGGUCGUUUUACAAUCGAGCCUGGCGGAUGAGCAAGAACUUGCUAAGGGUCGGCAAAAUGGGUCAUCUGACCUGGAACAAAACCUGGAAAAGUCUAUUGCUGAGAGACAGAAGCUCCGUGAUCAGCUUGCAAAUGCUCAUGUCGAGAUAUUUGACCUGAAGGCUUCGGUGCAGGAGAUUGAGGCUGAACGUAUCGAGCUCCAAGCUCAACUCGACCGAUUCCAGAACGCAGAUGAUACUACUCGGUUUGACCGCGAUAAACUUGAACUGCGCAAGACCGUAACAAGACUUGACAACGAACUCAAAGUAUUGCGAGACGCCAAAUCAUCUCUUGAGGAUCAGCUUGUCUCUGAAAGUGAACGAUUUGCAGCAGAGGAGGGUCGUCUUUCUGCUGAAAUCGAUCGCCUACAGGACAAAUUGCUUGCUGGCUCUAGUAACCGAGACCGAGAACUUACCUCUGCCAAGACGAAGGUACAGCGCCUGGAGCGUCGCGCCCAAGAAUUGGAAGCUCUUCUUGAGCAGCAGCAGCCUGUGGUGGAGAAUGAACAAUCUAGUACACAUGGGGACCUCUCCUUACUCCGACACAGCCUGGCAGAGGCUAGGAAACGCGAAAAGAUUCUCCUCCAGCGCGAAUCCAAGCAGAAGUCUUCUGCCCAAAGCUACAAGUCACGAGUUGAGGAAUUGGAAAAGGAUCUUCAUGAUGCUAUGAUGAACAAAUUCGAGUCACACUCCCACACAAUUCUCCUGGCCGAAGCACACCGGUCCCUCCAGAAGGUGAACACGAAGAACCGAGAGCUCGAACGUGCCGCGAUGAAAGAAGAGGACCAAAAGGACUUCCACGAGCUCCUCAGGUCCUCCACACUCGAGGCCGAAUCGUUAGCUCUGAAGCUUUCCGAACGGGAAGCGCGCCUGAACGAAUUGAAGACUCAUGUGCGCCGAAUUCGCGAAGAGCGAGAUGCCCACAAGCGCGAGGCCGAAGCGGCAACCAAAAAUCUCGAUAUGUUACAAAGACGCCACGACGAAAUCCUCGAGAAAAACUCCCUUUCUAAGUCGACCAACAAGACCAAACAUGAGAAAGAGAUCCGAGGUCUCAGGCAAGGAGAUCAUCUGGCUUCGCGCCCGCCUACAGCCAACGAUGCCGAUCUUCGCAUGAUUUCCGAGAUGGGCGUGCAGGCCCGUGACCGAGCUCCUGUACGCACUCCACGCCAUAAAUUGAAAUCCGCCGUAUCUCUUGUGAGAGCCGCUGUUCGCAUGCAAAAGAUGAGCAGUGAUUGGAAGCGGACUAAGAAACUGGGCGAGGGGUUGAAGCGUGCUAAGACUGAAAUGCUCAAGCGCCGUGAUAGCUCGAACAAGAGCUUGCUUGGCCAGUAG